UUACGCUUCCUUUUUGUUUUUCAAAGCUUGACUUCUCCCAAUCCGGCCGAGCCCGUCCCCUCGAUUCUUCUACGUCAUCCAUCAUCCCAACCCGCUUCUCCCAAAACCUCUCCCACGACCAAAAUCGAGACGAUGCCAAAGCCGGUCCCUGCGCUGCCCGAGCCCGCGCACGCCACCGUAGACUCGAUGUUGAGCCGCAAAUUCGGAAAGGAAGUCGCGAAUUACUUUUCCGGCUCGCCUUUGAAUCGCGUGUCUUUUCUCCGGCCCGACCACGCUUUUCUCUCUUCCGCCCUCAGACACCCUAGUACGGCUUUCGUGCUGUUCAAUGAGCUCGACCCGCUCGUCUCGUCGCCGCAUUCCCUCGCCACUGUUUCGUACUCGGAUGUGAAGCCCGUCAUUGGCGAGGAUCCGUUUGCUAGUAGCGAGGAAGAGGUGAUCAAGGCGUACAACUCGUCGACAUACCUCCCGCAAAUCAUCUUCUUGGGUCUUGACGAGCGCAAGGGGAAAGAAGGGUUUGUGUAUAAGGAGCAUUAUAAAGGGCAGCCGUGGUUCGCGGUCGAUGUUACACCCAAGGAGAGCGUGAAGGACGCGGCGGAGAAAUUGGUCGAGGGGAUGAAGGCGAAGGGGUUGGAUUUUCAGAAGGGGAGGAUGAAUAUGGAUCUUGAGGCCCAGGAUGCCGCCAUCUACGCCGAAGCCCGCCACCUGCUCGACUGGAACGCUCGAAACCCCUUCUGCGCAGCCUGCGGGUACCCAACGCUCUCAAUCAACGCCGGUUUCAAGCGCACCUGCCCGCCAAAGGACGUCGCGCCCUCGAUCCAGAACCCCGAACGACCCCCCUGCGCAACACGGAAAGGUAUCUCGAACCUCUGCUUCCCCCGCACAGAUCCCACCGUCAUCAUGGCAGUCGUGUCCGCAGACGGCCAGCGCAUCCUCCUCGGCCGCUCGAAACGCUUCCCGCCAGCUUGGUACAGCACGUUGGCCGGCUUCCUCGAGCCCGCUGAGUCCGUCGAAGAGGCCGUGCGCCGCGAGGUGUGGGAAGAGAGCGGGAUUCAUUUGGGUCGCGUCGUGAUUCACUCCACGCAGCCGUGGCCGUACCCUGCGAAUCUCAUGAUUGGUGCAAUCGGCCAGGCGAUUCCUGGUGGUGAGGAGAUCCAUCUGGGCCAUGAUGCGGAGUUGGAGGAUGCGAAGUGGUAUACGGCGGAAGAGGUGAGGGAGGCGCUGAGAGUUGGGACGAGUGGGUUGGGCGAGGAACCUGGGCCCGAUUAUAAGGAGGGCGGGUUGAGGUUGCCGCCGAAGACGGCGAUUGCGAAUCAGUUGAUCAGUGCGGUCGUGAACGGGUUUGCGAGCGGGAGUCCUAUGAUAUAG